AUGCAUACAGAGCUCACCACCUAUGUAAUGGGUGUUAAAUCAAUGUGCUCAAGUUACUUCACCUUUGUUGGCGGUAAUCUAGUUACAUGGCUUAGCAAGAAGCAAAAUGUUGUGUCUGGGUCCUCCACAGAAUUCGAGUACGAGGGAUUGCCUAAGGGACCGGAUGCUGCUACAAAACUUCAUUGUGAUAGUCAGUCUGCAUUUGAAAUUGCUAACAAUCUAGUGCAACAUGAUCGAACUAAGCAUGUAGAAGUUGAUCGGCAUUUCAUUAAGGAGAAGCUGGAGCAUAAGUCAAUUUCAAUACCUUUUGUGCCUUCUUCGGAGCAGCUUGCAGAUAUGUUGACCCAUGCCGUGUCAAAGUGCCGAUUUGAAGACUCACUUGACAAGUUGGACAUUAUUGAUAUCUAUGCACCAACUUGA